AUGUGUGGAGAAGUUUUGUUAUCUGGGAGAUAUGAUAGGAUCUGGGGUGGAGCUGAGGAGGCAUCGAGAGCAAGAGUGCGGUGUGCUUGGGCUAAGUAUCGAGAACUAGUUCCGAUUCUGACAGCAAGAGGUGCUUCUUUAAAGCAGUUCACGAUUAUAUUCUGCAAAGUUUUUCCUAUGCUGUUCAACUACUUGAAGCAAAAAUUGUUUCUGCUCUGCGUCUUUGGUGAUUGUUUCAUUGAAAUGUUGUACCAACGCUACUCCACGUUCUGCAGAGUCAUUGAUGAAAACCAGAUUCCUUACAAACAUUGCUGCAACUUGGAAAGAGGAGUAUCUGACCAGUUUUCAACAAGUACAUCAAGAAAACUGGCAUCAAUAUUGGAUGUUUCAAAAAAUGUUUUAAACGCACGCAAAUUGUCAAAACUUUGUGGUAGUGUUUUCAUCAGAUGUGGGCCUCGGUCUGCUUGUAUUGUGCGGACAAGAUCAGUCUUUUCUUUGUUAGACAGGAGAGAUGAAAAAAGAGCAAGAGUUGCCAAUUCUGGACUCAUGUACCAAGAAUGA